AUCCUCAGACCUUCCUUCUGCGGUGCGACGUCGUCAGCAAGGACAUGAUCGCGAUGGACGAGGCGCUGCGGAGGCUCGGGACUCUGUUCUACGUGGUGUCCCCGAGGGCCUCCUCCUUCAGCACGGUCGAGGAGGUGCCGAACUAUAUCAAUGAGGCGAUCCCCUGGUUCUUCGUCAUCAUGAUCGCAGAGGAGCUGUGCGGGCGAGUGCAAGGUCGUCAGCUGGGGCGCAUGUGUGAUAACGUGACCUCGCUGGGUCACGCUACGCUCUAUGAGUCCGUCAAGUUGCUGACAAGAUGGUUCGAGAUGACCGGCUACCUGUGGCUUUACGAGUACCGUCUGCUGGACCUGGAGUCGUCGCCGCUGGCCGUGUGGUUCGCUGGCUUCCUGGCGGCCGACUUCGUGUACUACUGGUUCCAUCGAGCUUCCCACGAGGUGAGCCUGAUAUGGGCGUGGCACCAAGUCCACCAUUCCCACGAGGACUACAACGUCACCGUGGCACUCCGGCAGUCCAUGUUCCAGAGACUCUUUGCCUUGGGUUUCUACCAGCCCAUGGCACUGUUGGGAGUGCCGCUGCCCGCCAUCUGCGUCCACUUCCAGCUCAAUCUCCUGGCGCAGUUCGUGAUCCACACGGAGCUCGUGGGUCGACUGGGCGCUCUGGAGUGGGUCCUCAACACGCCCUCGCACCAUCGCGUCCAUCACGGAGCCAACAAGUACUGCCUGGACAAGAACUACGGCGGUUUCCUCAUCAUCUGGGACAGACUCUUCGGCACGUUCCAGGCGGAGCGAGACGAGGAGGAGAUCGUCUACGGCCUCGUGCACCAGCCUCAGACCAGCAACGUCGUCUGGCUGCAGUUCUUCUACAUUCACAACAUCGUGAGAAAAGCCCGCAGCAUGAGCACCUGGGGCGACUUCUUCCGCGCCUUCGUCUGCGGCCCCGGCUGGCUCCCAGGGACGCCUCGCCUGGGGGACCUUGAGACCUUCCCUGACGUCCGUGGGAGGGCGAAACACGACCCCCAGAUUCCCCUGUGGCAGAAGGGCUACACGGGCACGCACUUCUUCGUUGCUCUUCUUGUGCAGCAGGUCUUCACGUUCCACUUCGAGCUGUUAUCGUGGGCGGGCAGAGCGGCGUUCUUCGGGUUCCUCUUGGCAACAAUGGGAAACAUCACCGCCAUGUACGACGCGUGGCGAUGGGCGCCCUUGGUCGAAGUCACUCGCUGCGCCUCCUACGUCGCCUUCGCCAGUACGAGCGGCGUCUCGGGCUGGGCCGGCCUGGACACGGCCCUCGCGACGUUUUAUGCCGUGUCUUCUCUCGUGUGGCUCUCCCCGAGUCUGAGUUUAAUACAGAAGGGGUUUAAGAAGAAAGUGAUGUGAGAUAAAACACGGUUGGCGCUUUGCUGUUGUUUUUAGCAAAGGUUGUAACGGUGCUGUAUCGGAGGACCUUAAGAGGGGAGUGAUGUGAGAGAGGACACAUUUAUUGAUCCGUAUUCGUUGCGACAAAUGUAUGAAAAGUAAGGAUGAGAAUAUCUUCACAUUACAAGAGACGUAUCUGACAGGCUUCGAUAAUAUCUUCGUCGGAAAUAUAUUCGAUAUAAUCGAAAUCGGUCAAUUACAUCUCUUGCAUUGUUAACAGAUUACAUUGCCACUAUGUAUGAAUGUACCUCAAGUUACCAAGUUGGCUUUUGUAUACGAAUGAAAAAAUAAUAAUUCAAGAUCAAGAUUUUUUUUCUUUGUAUCUGUUUCAAGAUGCGUUUUUGUUAAACUUUUCAUGAAUGUCAAAAAUACUAGAUGAGAAUACUGCACAAAAUAGGCUUACUGAAUGAUGAAACAACAAUUUUAAAGUCUUCCUGGAGUUGGAAUUCGGGAGGAUUUCUUAACGUCUUGUGAAAUUUCCCUAUUCCUUCGGUAAUCUCUUACUCAUUUCAUUCACUUCCAUCUCCUGGCUUGCGUUUAUUUCUCUCACUUUCGUUCUUAUACUUACGUCCUUAUACCUACCCCCGAUCCACUCCCCAAAUACCCUACCUGUCCUCUCGACUCCCUCGAUACCUGGUCCCGAAUCCUGAUCCGAACUUGGGUAAUCCAGCGGGCGGCGCUCAGACGCGUCGGAGAGGAUUCCCGCCCACACUCGCCACACAUCCACAUUGUAUUUACUGCCAAGCCAUGCUGUACAUGCAUUUGUGUAAAUAAAACCAUUGAAUCA